AUGGCUAGUGUUUUGGUACCAGAUGUGCAGGGAAUCCCGAAUUUCGAUGUUGCAGAUGUGACCGGCAUUGCAUCAAAAUGGAAAAGAUGGCGUCGGGCAUUCGAACUUUAUGCUAAAGGCAAAGGAGUAAAGGAGGCAGAUCAAGCUAAAGCGUUGCUCCUCCAUACAGCAGGAAUGGACGUACAAGAUAUAUUCUUUACGUUACCGGAAGGAGAAGGAGAGGAUGAAUAUGCGAAAGCGGUGAACGCCUUGGACAAUUACUUUAAACCGCAAGCAAAUGUUCCUUACGAGAGGUCUGUGUUUAGAAGCAUGGCUCAAUUAGAGCAUGAAACUAUUGAACAGUACAUUACCCGUUUACGCCAGAGAGCAGAAACGUGUGAAUUCGGGAACCGUGAUGCGAUUGAUGAGAGGAUACGUGACCAAAUCAUUGACAAGUGUGUUCGUCAUAAUUUACGCCGUAAAUUACUAGAGAAAGGUAGGAACCUUACACUAACUCAAGUCCGAGAAAUUGCGAGAGCUAUGGAAGACUCUGAGAGACAAGCCACAUCAAUUGAGGGUCGCACGCAAGGGGCCGUAACUGGUGUAGUAAACAAGGUUAGUGUGCAAAACAAGAAACAUUUUGUGAAAAAGACAAACGGUAAAUGCUUUAGUUGUGGUUAUGAAGGACACCUGCGGAAUGACCCUAAAUGCCCUGCUAGGGGAAAGAAAUGUCAUAAGUGUAAGCAGGUUGGACAUUUUGAGAAAAUGUGUAAAACCAAAGACCGUGGAGCAAAGGGGAAACCAGGGAAUAUUCGUCACAUUACGGAGCAGUCAGGCCAGAGUGAUGACAGCAAAGUAUACGCAUUUCGUGUCCACCAAAAUUCUGUGCUAAGUGACAGCCUUGUUGUGAACAUUGGAGAUGUUGACCUCAGCAUGAUCAUCGACUCGGGGGCAAGUUGUAAUAUAAUGGGAAUGCCAUUAUGGACCUAUCUGAAGGAAAACCACAUCAACUGUGUUUCUUCCAAAGUUGAAAAACAGCUUUUUGCUUAUGGAAGUCAACAACCUCUGAAAGUGGCUGGAAUAUUCACCGCAGCUGUGAAAUACAACCAAAUUGUCAUUCCGGAUGUUGAAUUCGUGGUCAUUGAGGGGAAAGGACAAGCCUUGCUUGGUCGAGAUACAGCUGUGCAGUUGGGUGUUUUACAGAUUGUUAGCAGCAUUAGUGAAGCUGUCAAUACAGACAACAGAACUGUCUUUGAGAAAUACCCUAAAUGCUUCAAAGGUGUAGGAAAGCUGAAAUCUUUUCAACUUGAAAUACCAAUCGACCCAGAUGUUGAGCCAGUAAUACAACCUAUGAGACGUAUACCCUAUAGUUUGCGUGACAAACUCGACAAGAAGUUGGAUGAAUUGCUCGAUUUGGACAUCAUUGAACGUGUGGACGAGCCGUGUUCAUGGGUAUCUCCAGUUGUUUGUGUACCCAAACAUUUAGGUGAUGACAUCAGACUCUGUGUGGACAUGCGCCAGGCCAAUACUGCAGUGCAACGAGUUCGUCACCCUAUUCCGACAAUUGAUGAAAUUUUGCAUGAAAUGAAUGGUAGUACUGUGUUUAGCAAACUUGAUGUUACUUGGGCAUAUCAUCAGAUUGAGUUAAAACCUGAAUCUCGAGAAAUUACUACUUUUGUAACACAUAAGGGUUUAUUUAGGUACAAACGUCUUAUGUUUGGCAUUAGUUGUGCCCCAGAAAUGUAUCAAAAGGUCAUGCAACAAGUAUUGCAGGGUUGUGAGGGGGUGCAUAAUAUUAUGGAUGAUAUCAUUGUACAUGCAAGUAGUCAAACAAAACAUGAUAGAUGUCUUGAAAAUGUUGUAAAAGUGUUGUAUGAAAAGGGGUUUACCCUUAACAGGGACAAAUGUGAAUUGAACAUGUCAGAAGUUGUAUUUAUGGGUCAUGUGUUGUCUGGUCGUGGCAUAGGUCCGUCGGAUGCCAAAUUCAAAGCUGUUGUCGAAGCGCGCGAACCGAAAACUUCUAGUGAAGUGCGCAGUUUUUUAGGGCUUGUAAAUUAUAGUUCUAGAUUUAUUCCAGAUCUAGCAACGGUAGCAGCUCCGCUACGGGAGUUGACACGCAAGAAUUCAAUUUUUAGAUGGGGAAAAUCAGAACAAGAUUCAUUUGUAGAGUUAAAGCGUCGACUUGCAGAUGCCGAAACAUUGGGUUAUUAUGACAAAUCUGCGCCGACAAAAGUCAUAGCUGAUGCUAGUCCUGUAGGACUCGGGGCGGUGCUUGUGCAAGAGCAAAGUGGAGAACAUCGUGUUCUUUCAUACGCAAGCCGCAGCUUGAGUGAUACUGAGCGCCGUUACUCACAGACGGAGAAAGAGGCCCUAGCUUUAGUAUGGGCGUGUGAAAGGUUUCAUGUUUAUCUGUACGGUACAGAGUUCGAGCUACUCACUGACCACAAGCCGCUUGAAUGUAUAUACUCUCCCAAGUCAAAAGUCUGUGCUAGAAUAGAACGAUGGGUGCUGCGAAUGCAACCAUACACAUUCAAAGUUCGGUAUAUUCCUGGUCCAAGGAAUAUCGCAGACACGCUUUCGCGUCUUGUUAAGAAUGACCCUGCUCAAAAGUCGCUAGAUUUAGAAGAUGCUUAUGUUAGGUUUGUAGCUAAAGAAGCUACACCGAUGGCGAUGACGACGCGCGAGAUUGAGAGAGCAUCAGAGAGUGAUCCAGAACUGUGUUCUGUAAGACAGUGUCUUGUUACACAACAAUGGCAUCGUAUGGAGUUUAAGCAAUAUUUACCAGUACGUGCUGAAUUGUGCUCGAUUGGAAAGUUAGUAUUGCGCGGUACACGAAUUGUUAUACCCUUGCAGUUGCGUGAUCAGGUUCUGGAGCUUGCGCAUGAAGGCCAUCCUGGCAUUGUUGCGAUGAAAUCGCUGUUAAGAAGUAAAGUAUGGUGGCCAGGGUUGGAUAAGAGUGUUGAAAAAUUUUGCAAGAGUUGUUACGGUUGUCAGUUAGUGGGUCAACCCAGUAAACCCGAACCGAUGAAGCGCACGGAAUUGCCUUCCGCGCCAUGGCAACAUCUUGCCGCAGAUCUUUUAGGUCCGUUGCCAAGUAAAGAGUAUAUAUUUGUGCUUGUAGACUAUUACAGUAGAUAUUUUGAGGUCGCGGUCACGGAAAGUAUUUCAUCAGAGAACAUAACAAGUUUAAUCUCGAAGUUUUGUUUAACUCAUGGAUUGCCAUUUUCAAUCCACACUGACAAUGGUCCUCAGUUUGUAAGUGAACAUUUUAAGGAUUUCAUGUUAGACAAUGGCAUAGUUCAUCACAGGACAACUCCUCUAUGGCAGCAGGCAAAUGGCGAGGUAGAACGGCAAAAUAGGUCAAUUAUGAAACGUGUUCGAAUUGCUUUUGCUGAAGGCCGAGAUUGGAAAUCUGAACUUGACAAAUUUCUUGUUAUGUAUCGAAAUACACCACAUUCCACAGCUGGUGUUUGUCCGUCUCAGUUACUUUUUGGUCGUAAACUUCGCACAAAGUUGCCUGAGCUUUUCGACUAUAAUGUUGAUGAUCUUGAAUUACGCGACCGUGAUGCGGAAAGAAAGGAAAAGGGUAAAAUGUAUUCAGAUAAACAUCGUAGGGCAACAGAGACCGAUAUUCGUGCCGGUGACCAAGUUCUUGUGAAACAAGACCGUGAAAAUAAAUUGUCCACUCCAUUCAACACCUCACCUUUUAAAGUUGUUCAAAUGAAGGGUAACAGUGCGAUUGUAGAAUCAGAUCAGGGAAUACAAUACAAACGAAACGUUACUCAUUUAAAGAAAUUUAAUGAGAGAGAAAGUACUUGCAGAUCAAAUGAGUUACAAUAUAAUGAACCACAACCUGUUGUUGGUGAUGAAAUUGUUGAUGAUAACUGCGAAAUGAAACUUGAUACAAAUGCUGAUUGUAAACCAGAGAGUGAUUGUAGUUCUGCACCUGUUAGUAUUUCUAAUGAUGCAAGUAUUGAAAAUAGUGAUCUAAAUGUCAGUCACAGACCUGGGACUCAUGUGUGA